AUGAGCGCAAAAACGAUUACAUUCAAACCUCCGAGCUCAGUUAAAGCAGUUGGAGGCCAUUCGUACGGAGGGGCGUUAAGCUUUAACACGAAUAAUAGGGGAGGCAAGGACGGUAAGGAGGAGGACACGACACCUGCGAUUGACGUAGCUAUCGAAAUGCCGUCUUCGUGCUUCAACGAGAAGGACUACUUGGAUCAUCGGUACCAUUUGAAACGAAUGGUGUAUUUGAAGCACAUACAGAAACAGUUAUUAAUGAGUAGGAAGAAGAAAAACAUAGCAAAGAAAUUCGUCAAGAAGUGCGAUCUGACUUUUUAUCAAAACGACAACCGAAAGCCGUGCUUGACGAUAACCAUCGAUAAUCACGAAAGAGAUUUAAAAGUUCGAGUGUUGCCGUGUUGCGCUGCGAACUUGUUCCCAAAACAAAGACUCGGUCCAACGAAAUCAAAUUUGAAGAAAAAUGAAGUCCGUUUCGAGUCGCCUCGGUAUUCACAAUCCAUCGCGGAGGAUGCGGCUAUGCAUAGCAUCAACGAGUGGCUGCAAAAUAAAUACAAAGAGGUGAAAUUUCUAGGGGCCGCUUCGGUUUUAAUCAAAGCGUGGGCGUCUAGACGUCAUCUGUUUGAAUACUCCAACGAUGGUAUCACUGGCUUUUUCCUUUCGUGCCUUUUAGCGCACAUGGUUGAAACAAGUGAUGCGCUUUCGCCGGCAAUGGACACGAAUCAGCUCGUCCAAGGCUUUUUUGUUACGCUCGCGACGGCAAAGAAAAACAGCAGUGGUAUAGCAAAUAGUAAGAGAACAAAUGGUAGCAACAAAAGUAGUGGCGAAUUAGAAAGUAGCAGCAUACCGAAUUAUUUCACCGGCGGUGUAUUUUGUGAUUCAGAACUAGAUGAGGAGACGAAAAAGAGUUGGAUCGGAGCCUUUAAAGUUGUCUUCUUGAGUCCAUGCGGAUCCCUGAAUUUAGCCUCGCGAAUAUCUCAAGGUGCGAUUGAAGAGUUGGUUCAAGAAGCGGUAAAAUCGAGCGAAGUUUUAGAACAAGCCGGAAGAAAUGCAUUUGUGGAAGUAUUUCUAACCGAUUUACCGAGAGCUGUACGGUACGACCUUCACAUGCAAGUCGAAAUAUCGCCGACAUCGUCUCUGAAAGAUGUUAAAGAUAUUUCCUCCGAGACUCGCAUCGCGGAAGAGGAGAUCUUCUCGAUUAUGAAAAUCGCUAUGAACGAUCGCGCGGACGCAGUGAGGUGCGCGAGUAUUGGAACAUCAGCGUGCAACGCAAACAAAAUAUGGAUUGGGGUCCAAUUAAAUCCCGAAAAUGGUUUGAAAGUAAUCGAUGUUGGACCACCAACAGAUAACGAGGCUGAAGCAAAGACGUUUCGAGCUUUUUGGGGGGAAAAAUCGGAGCUUCGCCGUUUCAAAGACGCGAGAAUUUGUGAAGCAGUUGUGUGGAGCUUUGUGCCCGCAUCAAGAAGGCACCACAUUCCAGCCGUUGCAGCAGAAUAUGCGCUGAAGAAGAACGUCAAAGGUAUCGAUUCAAUCACGUGGACAUCAAAAGUAUUUGACGAUUUGUUAUCUUCCUCGGAUGGCUCCUUCGUGGCUGUCUCGGAGCACUCGAAACAUCUUUUGCAAACAUUAGACCGGUUGGCAAGACGCAUGAAAGAGAUGAAAGACGUCCCGCUAAAAGUGUAUAAUGUUCAACCAAUUUCUGCGGCAUUUCGUGGAUGCGAUCCGUUUCCACCCAAGCAACAUCCAUUAAUGUUUGGCAUCGGUGCUGGUCUAGGAAAAGACGAUGAAGUCAUAUCGGCUUGUCCACGAACGUUGAACGUUUUAGUGCAAUUAGAAGGUUCGGGUCGUUGGCCCGAAGAGGAAGAAGAAAUCAUAAAAACAAAGCAGCUAAUGGCAAUUGAAAUCGCAGAGAAAUUGAAACAAUCGUUCGGAACUCCGAACAUUGUCUCGAACGAUGGAACUGUCGAUAUAUUACACGAAGGUUACGCGUUUCGAUUAUUUUUGAACGCCUCAAACGGCGGUCCUUUAAUUCGAGAAAUUGAGGCUGAGCAAGCAAUUGUGUCGAAACACGCGAUGUUGCUUGCAUCAAUUUCCUCGAGAUUUCCGACGUUUGCAAUUGCAGUACAAAUUGCCAAGCGGUGGAUAGCUUCUCACAUGUUCUCUCCGCAUGUUCCGGAUGAAAUUAUCGAGUUGUUGGUUGCGAAAGUCUUUUGUCACCCGGGAGGAUUGAGUCCACCGAAUUCGAGAGAAGUCGCUUUUGCACGAUUCUUAGAGCUUCUUUGUACGCAUCCUUUUGGCAUACUGCCUCUCGUGCUCGAUCCCGAAAGUUCAGGAGGACAAACCGGCGAAGACUGCGCCGUUUCAAGAGAUGCUAUCAAAAGAGCGGAAGAUUUACUCCUGCCGUCGGCUAUGAAGGAUGAUGUUGAAGAAGAGGAGGAGAAGGACAGCGAUGAUGAUGAUGAUAAUAAUAAGGAGAACGGUACAAAAGAAAGGAUAAUCGAGAAGAAAAAGUUCAAGGGACCGCCUUCGAUGGUUAUUCUUUCGCCUUACGAUCUGACCGGCACGUUCUGGACGCGCGACAGAAAUUUAGAUGGCGAGAACGUUCCAUCCGUAGUCACUAUGAAAAGAUUACAAAGUAUCGCUGCAAAGGCGCUCAAAACUUUGCAAACAUAUUUAGAAAACGGAGGAAAUAUGUUAACCGCAAACAACAAUGCGGGAGAAGAAGAAGAGGAAGUCAUGUGGGAAAAACUAUUCCGGCCGAACCUGGGUGCAUUUGACGGCGUACUUCUCUUUCGUAAAUCGGUCUUGCCGUUUCCAGAUGAAGCGUUGUUCACGCAAGCAAAGAUGAGAAAAGUUUUGAAACGCGCAUUCAAAACAAAUCUAUCCACCGCCGCAGAUGAUGAAGAAGAAGAGGACGAAGAAGAGGAAGAAGAUUUCAUCCUUCACGAAAAGAAAAAGAAGCGUCGGAAAGAGUUAUCGCUGACGAAACUUCCAAAGCGUCUUAUGCAACUCGGUCCGGAAAAGGCUCGCGAAGCGUUGUUGGUUGGUUUUGAUCCAAUCAAAGCGUUUUUGGACGAUUCGGAGAAACGGUGCGGCAACACCGCGCUAUUCUUCCACGAUAAGUACGGCGGUUCUUUCGUUGCGGUUGCGGUAAAACCAGAAACACUGCGCAUCCAUCGGGACGUGGUGAAGUUGCUUGAAAACGACAGCUUCGUGUUUGCUUCUUCUUCUUCUUCGCAACGAGUGCCGACGAAAGAUGCCAUCUUAGAAGAGUUGGCGACGAUUCCUGGUGAUGGCAUCGUAGAUGGAUUGAUGAAAGAUAGAAGAUAG